AUGAAUGCAUCAGUUAUCAAUGCAACAACAACUCUUUCUCAAGCACUACGCCAACAACAAAUUACUCAGUCACAAUAUGUCCAACCUAUUUCCUUUCAACAAUUAAAGAGAGCUGUAUCAAUGGGCCUUAAUAAUAAAGAAAAUUAUGCUGAUUUAAUGUCAGCAAAUAUAUGGCCAGAUAAAGUUGGAAAUGUUGGUAUUACGGUUAUCAAGCUAUCUUAUAUACCAGAUGCUUUUAGUAUUGUGGUUCGUUUUGUGGAUCAACAAUAUCAUGAUGAAUUUGUAAAAAGUGAAAUAGAGCGAAAUUUUCAAUCAGCCGAAAAUAAAUACAUAGAUACAUUUCAUGGUGAAUCAACAUUUAGAAACGAUGAAGUUAGUCCAAAACGGUGGUUUUUCAAAGAGAAUACACCGUUUUUUUCAAAAGGACGUGAACGGAGUCACAUGAUUUCGGAUUUUCUCGUUCAACAUCCGAGUGGACACUAUAAGUCAUUAAGUGAUGAUGGUGAUGUUAAUUAUCUUCGUCAACCAGCAACAGCUAGUAUUAAUAUCGGAACAGAUGUUUACUUCGAUAAUGAUACGAUCUUAAGUCAGUUUGAAAGACUUUUUCAAAUACUAGAAUAUAAACAAGAAUACAAGAAUAAUCAGAUAGAAAUCAUCGUGGACAACGCAAGAACCCAUAGUGCUAAAGCAUAUUCAUUACAAGAUUUUGGUAAAAAUAUCGGUACUCGUUGUCCAGUUAAACAAAUUGAAUAUAUCGAUGAAAACGGCGCAAUAAAAGUUAUUGAUUAUUAUUUUCAACGUGGAGAAAACAAAGAUAAAUCAAAAGGUUUAGUUGAAUUACGUAAAGAUCUAGGUAUUAAAUUACCAGAUAAAGCUAAGUUAAAGGAAAUUCAUGAAAUACUUUCAACACAUUGUGCGUUUCAAAAUGUUACAAAACUUGAAAUGCUGGCGGUUAAAUACAGUAUUAAGAUUAUCUACUGUCGUAAAUACCAUUGCGAACUAAAUGCCAUUGAAGGUCUUUGGUGUAAUCAAAAAGCAUAUGUUCGUUCACGCACUGAUCAAACUUUUGAUAAAAUGAUAAAAUUAAUAUCUGAAUCACGUAUAAAUUUUGUCCAACGAAAAAUUUCAUUGAAAUUAUUUCGACGUUUCUGGCGUGCAAUCGAAGCCUAUUCUAAAGGUCAAACAUAUGCUAAUGCUUUAGCACUAUUCUUCAGUCAAUUUUGUUAA